CGUCCAGACCAGCCCGGAGCGACAGCCGAGCGCACACCUUCCCGCAGCUUCUCCCUCGGGUUCGCGGCCGCUGCGCCUCAGGGUUACUGUGAUUUCAGCUUGAACACACGGUGGACUAUCAUGGCAUCUAUCUGGGUUGGACCCCGAGGAACCAUAAGAGAUUAUCCAGGCUUUAGCCCAGCAGUGGAUGCUGAAGCUAUCCGGAAAGCAAUCAAAGGAAUCGGAACUGACGAGAAAACCCUCAUCAGCAUCCUGACAGAGCGGUCGAAUGCGCAGCGACAGCUGAUUGCCAAAGAGUAUCAAGCGACGUAUGAACAGGAGCUGAAAGACGACUUGAAGGGUGACCUCUCUGGCCACUUUGAGCACAUCAUGGUGGCUCUUGUGACCGCACCAGCCCUGUUCGAUGCAAAGCAACUGAAGAAAUCCAUGAAGGGAACUGGGACUGAUGAAGAUGCCUUGAUUGAAAUCUUAACCACCAGGACAAGCCGGCAGAUGAAGGAGAUCUCGCAGGCCUAUUAUACAGUGUAUAAGAAGAGUCUCGGAGAUGACAUUAGUUCUGAAACAUCUGGUGACUUCCGGAAAGCUCUGCUGACUCUGGCAGAUGGUAGAAGAGAUGAAAGCCUGAAAGUGGAUGAACAUCUGGCCAAAAAAGAUGCCCAGAUCCUCUAUAAUGCCGGUGAGAACAAAUGGGGCACGGAUGAAGACAAAUUCACCGAGAUCCUGUGUCUACGGAGCUUCCCUCAGCUGAAACUAACAUUUGAUGAGUACAGAAAUAUUAGCCAGAAGGACAUUGAGGACAGCAUUAAAGGAGAAUUAUCUGGGCAUUUUGAAGACCUGCUGCUGGCCAUAGUUCAUUGCACGAGGAACACCCCGGCUUUUUUAGCGGAAAGACUUCAUCAGGCUUUGAAGGGUGCUGGAACAGACGAGUUCACUCUCAACAGAAUAAUGGUUUCCAGAUCAGAGACCGACCUUCUGGACAUCCGACAGGAGUUCAAGAAGCAUUAUGGCUACUCUCUAUACUCAGCCAUUCAGUCAGAUACUUCUGGAGACUACAGAGCCGUACUCCUGAAGAUCUGUGGAGGGGAUGACUGAAGAAGAUGGUCUCUCCGAAGGCUACUGCCCCGACCGUGGGCCUCCACGAUGGCAAAGGCUCCGCCUACUACUUUUCUGCAACAUUCCAAAGUGCAAGCAAAAGCAAGACUGCAGUCUGUCUGCCUGAUAGGAAUCGUCACCAACGCAAGAGCAAAAGCAAACAGGAUUUUAUGUUAGAGCACCUCAUUCGUAAUGUAGAGGGAAAUUCAACCUACAUUUAAAGACCUACUAAUGAUUUUCUAUUUCUUACGAUGUUGGCAUCGGUGUAGUCUGAAGCCAUUAAACAUAAAUCAGGGUUCUAAACAUGGUUGCCUUUGUUAAAUAUAAUUUGUGCAUUUGCUUUCAGCAUCUACCAAUACUGUGUGUUGCUUGGUGCCAACAAAUAUCUAAAGAUAUGCUUGUUGUAAAUGC